CGACAAAAAUUUUAACUAUUGUAUGUGAUUUUUUUUAGAUGUUUGACGACUAUUAUCACCUCAAACAUCACCAAGUGUCAAAACGGUCAGUAGAACCUAGCCUUCACCACCACGAAACACUCCAUUCAGAAAAACAGGUGAAAUGGUUUUCUCAGCAAACCCUGAAAAGGCGAUCGAAGCGUGAUUUGUCCUCUUUUGAAGUUCCGUACUUGAAUGAUCCGAAGUGGAAGGAUAUGUGGUAUCUGAACAGAGGAAAUAACCUAGAUAUGAAUGUGAAACCAGCGUGGGAUAUGAAAAUAUCUGGUAAAGGUGUGGUAGUCACUAUACUGGACGAUGGACUAGAAAAGGAUCAUCCAGAUAUUAAAGAAAACUAUGUAAGAAUAAAACUUUUCAAAGAUUUUAAGUCUAUGGUGAUUAUAUAUAUAAAAAAAAAGAUCCCAAAG